CGCUCCAAAGCUAAGACUCCAUCCAGCGCCUCCCGCUAGCCUUUCCCCUCCCCCGCCUCUGGAAUCCGUCUGCGCUGCUGUCACAGUUGUCAUGGUGACAGGCAUUCUGUGCCGCUCGCUCUUCAGGCCAGGAAGGAGUUGCGGGUGGUUGGCUGGGGUGGAGAACCCUGGGCCAGGCCGGGACACGGAGCAGGGACGAUGCCCGUGCUGACUGCCCAGGCUGGGCGCAGCCAGGACACACGCGUGAGGGCUGCUGCACGGCGCGAGGCGGCCAAGGCCACGACGCUGAAGGCGCAGCAGCUGGCUGAGCGCUGCGAGCAGGAGGCAGUGACCAUGCGGCAACCUAAGGGCAGCGUAAGGGACCCGCACGUGGCGCACCAGCCCUGCCGCGACGCCUACAUCCCGCCCUGUCGCUUCCCCGUGGAGAUGCUCGAAGGCGGCAGCACGGUGGAGAAGCCACCGUGGAACAGCAAAACGAAGCGGCGUGCCCGGCACGCCCGCCUGAAGCCACCCAAGCACCGCGACGCGCUGGCCCAGCAGCCGGCCGGGGUGAUGCUCGCGCACGCGCGUGAGGCGCGCCUCACUGCCGCGUGUCUGAUUGAUGGACAGCUGCGGCUGCUGCAGCGCCAGCGUGGCUACCGACCGCAGGCUCAAGCUACCGACCGCAGGCUCGGCGAAGUGAGCAAAGGCCUGCUGAUCAACCAGCAGAGCGUCAAGCUGCGGGACUACCCGCCCAGGGCGGAGGAGAUCCCUCACAGAGUCGACAGCAAGCUUACCCAGGAGAAGCAUGAGUUAAAGAGCAUAAAGAGGAAGAUGGAGAAAGAUAUGGAAAAAUCUGCGGCCUUGCUCAAGGCCCUGGCCUCCUGCCGGGACGCUCUGGGCUUCUGCUUUAAGGAGAGGCUCCAAGCUGCGGACCUAAUGAACCAGCCGCUAGACAAGGUUCUGAAGCAGGCCGGCCGGCACUCCUGGGUGAACCUCCAGCGCGUCCCCACCCUGAGCGCUUAGGGCCAGAAAACGCCGCCUCCAGACCCUGUGCGCACCUCCACCCCAGGGUGCGCCACGGCGCUGUACGAAGCCAAGCGACUUCUGAUGGAGUCCAAGAACACUUUGCUAGAAAUGGCCAAGAACGAGAACAUCCGCAAACAGCAGCAGCACAGAAGCGAUCGCGUGUGCGCCUCGCUGGCACAGAAGAUGCGCGAGACCUCGGAGCUGCAGGUGCGCGGAGUGGGCCCUGCUGCCAGGUGGCUGGGGACGAGGGCGGAGACUGGAGAGGGGCGCGCGGGAGGAAGGGGUCCGGAGGCCCGCGGGUGCCCCCUGGGCUUUCUACCUCCCCACCCCCACCCCCGGGAAAGAAUGAACAUGACCGCAGGACUGUUGAGGGAAACCAUCCGCCAGUGCACGUAAUACAGCCAGGAGAUGCACAUCACCCGCGGCCUCAUGAAGGUUCAUUUUCAAGCGCAUCUGACCCAGGUGCGUCGCUCCCAGCCCCUGCGUGAGGCCUGCCUCCCAGCUCUGCUCUCUCCUGGGCUGGAUGCUUCCUCACGCACCUAAGCCCAGAGCGCCGACGAGCUUGAGAGUCACAUCUCUCACGUGGAACGGAGCUGCCCGCCAUGCACAAGAAUCUCACCUGCAGCCUCAACUGCAAGAAGAUCGGGCAGGACGUGGACAGCAACGUGUUGCGCCUGCGUCUCCGCCGGCGCCACCUGCGCGUUUGCUACGAGCCCGCGUGGCGCCUAGUCAGCGACUGGGACCCGCGCCCG